AUGGAAAUAUCACUCCCCGUUCAGAAAGCCACCGUUGUGCCCAAGCCUUUUAUUAGGCUGACGAGGCUUUUAGCAAGGACUCUCUAUGAUGAUAAUAAUCUUACUACGUUAAGCGACAAUAAGAAGAAAUCUGAAAAAGGUGACAGCAGAGGGAAUAUCGUUAUGGUGCUGGAUGCUCUCUUAUUAGGUUUGUGUGCCAUCUCUUCCACGCGGCAAUGGGUUAGAGAAGAAGACUUGGCAAGAGACUUGAAGAAGAACCCCAAGCAAGUCCGAAAAAUAUUAAGACACUUUGAAGAAAAACAUUUGGUCACGCGUUACCAAAGGAAAGAGACUGCAAAGCGUGCGGAGAUAUAUAAUGUUGCAGUGGCUGCCACAGCUCAUAAGCUCCACACGCAAUCGUAUUGCUGUCUUGAUUAUCAACAUAUGUAUGAUACUGCUCGUUUGCGUCUGCAGAAGAUUAAAAGGAAACUCAAAGAUGAGCUAGAAGAUAAGUAUACUCUUCAGAAGUAUGGCUGUCCUAACUGCAACAGAAAGUAA